AUCUUUUUUCUUUUUUUAAUCCUCUCCUUUGUUUAAAACUAUGGAUUUUGAACUUGUUCCAAGUAGUAAUCCGGAUAUAUGUGACUUCGAAGAGAAGGAAGCGUUGCUAUGGAAGCAGCCGACACAAGAAACCUUAAAUGAAGACCUCGAAGAACAACACAACAAACCAGUUAGCCCCCCUGACGAAAUUUGGAUUGUCCCUCCGCUAUUUAAAUCGAUCGAGUCAUAUUUAGACAAUAUUGAAAAAAAAACAAAUACGUUUAUGAUUCUUAGUAAAAAUGAAGGCAAAAUCGAAAUAUGGGGAGCGCCUGAAGACAUUCAGGAAGCUAUCAUACGACUUAAUAAAUUAAACGAUAAUAAACUCGACUACGUGGAAGAACGCCGAAAAAAUGAAAAACGUGAAUGGGCUAUUAAAACAAAGGAACCUGGUUGGGGAAAACCUGAAAAAGCUCCUACUAGUAAAAAAGAAGAAAAAAAGUUGAAGCGUAGAGAGGAACGAAAACGUGAAGAAGAAAUCUACAAAAAAAAACCAGAGGAAUCACAAAAGUUUCCCUUUAAUGUAUAUAUUGUCUUUCCCUAUACCGAAAUUCAAGCAACGAUAUUUUUCGGGGAUAAAGAAGUGCUCUUGAAUCCAGUGCGUGUUGAGACCAAAUGUCAUAUAUGGUAUGAGAAGCGAGUGGGUGGUAAAGGCAUAAUAAAUAUUGUCGGAAAAACAAAAGAAUCAGUUGAAGAAUCAACAAAGCGAGUAGGGCAUAUGUUUGUAAAAACGUUUAAAGCUAGAUCCGUCCCUAACCAUGGCUGGGUACUUCAUGCCUUAGAUCCACCAAACAAACCGUACCGAAUCAGAAUAACGGACCCACCAGAUUAUUUUUAUUUACCUUACGAAAGAUUAAAUUCAGGCUCACAAAAUUCAGGCUCACAAAAUUCAGGCUCACAAAAUUCUGGUUCACAAAAUUCAGGCUCACAAAAUUCUGGUUCACAAAAUUCAGGCUCACAAAAUUCUGGUUCACAAAAUUCUGGCUCACAAAAUUCUGGCUCACAAAAUUCUGACCCACUAAAGUAUAAGCUUAUCGAGCCCGUUUACGAAGGAAAAAGGAUAUCAACCGUUGGAGGUUCUAAGGAAAUAAACCAAAACUUCAAUAUUGAUAAAUUAAGAGAAAAUUAUGAAAAAACUGUAAUAGCGAUCAAGGAAUCUUUCCUUAAGGGUCUUGAAGCGGUCCACUUAUUUGAUGAAGAAAUAAGAAUGAGAAUUAGGUUUGGUCGUAUAUAUUUAAUAAACUCCAAAAAUUUCUUAAUACCAGUUGAAAAACUCAAUAAUAAUGUCCUGUCAAAAUCCAAAUUUGCUACAUGUCUUGCCACCGAGGAAGAACAACUGAAACGUUUAUUUGAAGUACUUUCCGGGGAUGGGCAGCAAGAAUGGAAUGGUUCGCCAUUUAGAGAAUUUAAAAUUUGCGUAGCGCGUAAAAACUUUGACGAUAAAAAAGACUCUGAUGAUAAGAAAGAAGAAUUGCCACAAUGUAUAUUUGAUAUAAAAUUUGAGAAGGACCUCAUUAAGAGUACUGAUAAUGGUAAAAAUAGUGAGAAAUACGAGGGGAAGAUCAGAUUAUGGAACGCAGUAAUACACCAAAAAAACAUAUUAGACAUCAACAUGAUGAGUAUAGAUAAUUAUUCUUGGAAAUUAAAUCUUCAAACGGCAACUCGCCUACCUAUUAGCUUUAAGUGUCCUCAAGGAAAAUUCGUUAGUAAAUUACGAAUCUGUCAACAAGGCCGUUUGGUUUAUUCAAAUACCGAACAAAUAAGGGUUAUAUCAGUAUGCGAAAAAACAAAACGGAAAUUUUGGUGGAAUGAUAACUACGUUGUAGAAAUUACAAAAUAUGAAUAUUGGAACCUAUCAAGGAAAAUGAAAGUUACUGGGAUUGAGUUCCCUUUAAGUGAUGAAAAACCGCCUAAAGUUUCCUACGGCGUGACUUUAUAUAAGUCGACUUGGGAAGAUUAUUUUGCCCAUAAUAGUAACUUAAAAGUUGGGGAAGCUCCCGAGUGGCAUCCAUAUGAAAUUAUGGAUGAAGAGAUAGAUUUGUGGAGUGACAUAAAAAGAUUUUUAAAAGUACUUCAAAGUAAUCAUCCAGUGCAAGUAAAUAAAAGCUCCUACAAAUCAGAUGAACGACAGUAAUGUAUCAAUUAGCUAAAUAUAUUAGUAUUCAUUAUUUAAAUUCAUCAUUUCAUUAAAUUUAAUUUUACAAGAUAUUACAGUAUGAUAUUAAAGAUAUUUUUACAAUAAAUUUUAUAAGUCAUGAAAAUUAAUCAAUAUUAUUUUGUAUUUUUUAUUGUUGCAGUUUC